CUAAAGCGACUCCUCGAUAUGAAAAGCUCUCUGGUUGCCCUGAUUGGUGUAUUCACACCGCUUGUUGCCGCACACUAUACUUUCCCUGACUUCAUUGCGAACGGGGUGACGUACGGCGAUUGGGUCUACAUCCGCGAGACUGCGAAUCACUACUCGAAUGCCCCUGUGACGAAUGUCGAAGAUCCCGAGUUCAGGUGCUACGAACUUGACCUGCAGAACACUGCUGGUCAGACCGGUACCCUGAUAGUUCAAGCCGGAGAGACAGUCGGCUUCAAAGAGAAUCAAGCCGUCUAUCACCCGGGUUAUCUAGAUAUUUACAUGUCUCCGGCUGAGCCUGACGCCAACUCCACUCAAGCCGGCACUGGUCAGACGUGGUUCAAGGUCUACGAGAUGCCUCCGGUUAUGCAGAAUGGGCAGCUGACCUUCCCAUCUGAGAACCUCCAAUCGUUUACCUUCACCAUCCCGGAGUCCUUGCCCAGCGGUCAGUACCUAAUCCGAGUCGAACACAUUGCCCUGCACGCGGCGAGCACCUACCAGGGCGCACAAUUCCACCUAUCUUGUGCUCAGGUCAACGUCGUCAACGGUGGUGAUGGCGCCCCAGGACCUCUCGUCUCUAUCCCAGGAGUUUACACUGGUCGCGAGCCUGGUAUUCUGAUCAAUAUCUACACCGUCCCGGCCAACUUCCAGUACCAGUCUCCGGGUCCUGCCGUCUGGCACGGAUGAGCUCUUCGUCGAAAGCAUGAUCUGCGAGCAUUAUCUUGUAUCAUGUCCCAGCACCGGCUAUAGUGACUCUGAGGGUUCGAACAAUCACGUGAAGAUGAUGUGUCUCUGAAUGGGAACAGAGAAUUUUACGUCCAGUUCGUUGAUGCUGACUGAGCAUGAGCAAUACAAAGAAACAUAGCAUCGCU